AAAUAUUUAGGAAUGAGAAAUAAAGUCCAUGUCAUCUUAUGGAGCUGUGGCUUUCCAAUAUAGAGGUCAUAUCCCUGUGGCAUUGAGAACAACAUAUGUAUUAGAUAACUCAAUGCUAUCAUCCUCUAUUCAUUCCAAACCUACAACUUCGCAAGGAACUCUAAAUCAAGUUAACACUGCUACAGAAGUUGAAGUUGGAAAGGACCCUCUGUCUGACCCUCAGGUUCAAAUUGACUCCUUUCUGACUGAUUACAGCUUCUGUAAUGUAGAGUUGAAAGACUGCUCUAGCCCAAAGCCUGGAACAGCGUCACCACUUGGGGAUACUUCUGGUUACUACAUUCCUAGCGAUUACCCUAAACACUUGGGGCUUGAUACAGAGUUUCAAAUAACUGGAAGCAAGGAACCUUACGUAAUGGCCGAAUUUAGUAAUAAAGAUGACCUUAAUUAUUUGGGCAAGCUAAACGAGGUGCCUCCAAAAGGUUCACUGAAUUUAUCUGCUAUUGAUGAGUCUCCCGGGGGCAGAAUGGAGCACUCGUUAAGAAGCAUUCCAGCUUUAUACCCUCAGCUUUCUCUUGAUACCACUUCCAGUGAGAGUCAUUUGUCGUCUGAAGACACUACCUCUGUUACCAAACCAUCCAUUCCUACCUCUGUGCCUACUGUUGGAAAAAAAUUUAAACCUAGAGCAAACCCUUUCAACGACGAACAAACACAUCUGAAAAGAAAUGCCAGCAGUGUUGCUUACUGUGAAAUAGUGAAGCCAGUUGGCCAAUUACAACCCAGUCCCAAGCCACACCAACCAACGAAAAUGCUGGAUAAUUUUGUAGAGAGUGAAAGUGUAGCCUCGUCCUCCAGCAGCUAUGAGGAUCCACCUUACAAAUACGAUAUACCCUCAUAUCAUCCUAAACUGAAAGGGGUCAAGAGCCAAGGACAGACUAGUGACCAGAUUGAUGAAGUGAUGACUCAUUUGAAGGGAACCAUAAAUAAUGCAGUGCAAUAUAUUGCCAGCUUGCCGGGUAACAACUUCGAAACUGCCAGCUCUAUCUGCUUCCUGGGGAAGUUGUACAUAGGAAAACACCACGAAGAUGAUCGUAAGCUUGAGAGUGAUAGUGUUGAGGACGCGCACGGAUCAUUCCACGAGUUUCUGAAAGAUUUCCAGUCUCGUGUCUGGGUGACGUACCGUAGAGGGUUCGCUUGUCUUCAGGGAACUAAUCUCAAGUCGGAUACAGGGUGGGGCUGCAUGCUCCGGACAGGGCAGAUGAUGUUAGCUACUGCUCUUCAGAUACACUGUUUUGGGAGAGAAUAUCGCAGAAACACUUCUGGAAGUCAGUAUCGGUUUAAAGAGUUAGUAAGACAUUUUGGGGAUUCUUUUGAUCAUCCUUUUUCGUUACAACAUCUUCUGAAGAUAGGUAAAGAACAUCUCAAUAAGUCUUACGGAGAGUGGUAUGGACCGUCAACUGUAGCUUACGUUCUGAGGGUUUGUGUGGACUACGCUAAAGAGAAGGGAAUGCCUGGUUCAAUAGUUAACAUUACAGAUUUCAAUGUGUUUACUGCAACAGAUUGCAUGGUUUUCAAGGGAGAUAUUGUUAAAACUGCCACCCUGAAUGGAACCCGCACCUGGACUAAGACUCUAGUGCUGAUUUCAGUGAGAAUGGGAGCAGACGAACUUAACCUGUCAUACAGACAGUCAAUACAGGAGUUUCUGAUGAGUCCGAUGUGUGUUGGUAUUAUGGGAGGGAGGAAGAGACAUUCUCUCUACUUCACUGGUUUCCAAGGCAACAAGCUAAUACACUACGAUCCUCACACUUGUCAGAAUGCUCUCAAAAUAAAUAGAGAUUUCAGUGCCGAGACGUACGUUUGUAUGAAGCCACGAAAGAUGUCAUUUUCAAAGAUGGACCCUUCUUGUACGUUUGGGUUUUACUUGAAGUCUGCAGAUGAUUUGUUGGAGCUGACACGACUGUCUGAGUCUAUGGGGUCUAACAAGAUAUUUGAUCUAUUAGAUGGUACCAAGGAAGAUUACCUGCUACUAGUACACGAUCCUUCUGUAAAGGCAUUUGACCACAACGAGAGCAUGUUUGAUGAAGGAGCAGAGUACGCACUAGCUGAGAUAGCCAGCCUGGAAGGAAGUGAUUUUGAGUAUCUCGAGUAGCUAGCACAAGAACAAUGUCAUUCGUUUGAUUAUUGUUUUGAUAUAGCUGUGAUCCUAUAAUAUUGGUGUGUUUGUUGUUGUUGUGGAUGCUAAUUUGAAAGAUUUCGCAGAUUUUGAUUGAGAAUAUGGAAGGUGAGAACGACAGAUUUUGCCACCAAAUUCGUUAGAACCUGUGUAUUAUUAACAUCAGAUCGUUCAUUGUAUAGUGUUUUGUAUGAAAAUUAAAGCGAGAAUUGGGGUGUUUUUAUGAUGGUACUAAUAGAGUAUUAGUGCAGCAAGCGGGGCUAUUUGUUGGAUAUUGAUUUGUUUAUGUUCACUAACAAGGUUAAUUACAGCUUCGUGUUGCAGAGUCCUCGUUUCGCUGUUUUUACUUGUUGUAAGUAUGCUUCAAUUACUGUGUGAGACAGAGUCUUCGUACUUUUGAAUGUGAUAUUUUUGAUUUUCGAAGGUGUUAAUUUGAAAUUGAUAAAGCCGCGCAAACUAAUUUUGUUAAAUAUUAACCAAUUUCUCAUUGCUAUGUGAGCUUGAUAGCAUUCCUGUUGAAUCAGAGAAUGUUUGUUUGUGUGCAAUUAAUAAAUUUCAAAUUUUGGUAUGUGGCUAGUACGUUAGAUUCUGAAAACUGUUUUGUCAAAAAGGCAAUAUUAAUUUGUAAUGGAAUUCGCAGUCAAGGAAUUUUUUAUCUGACAGAGGUUUUGUUUUUGCAUAGCUCUUGAUUUUUUGGUGGUUUUCAGCCGUUUUGAUGAAUGAGAGAUUAAGCAGUACCAACAUAGGAGAUUAUAAUUUUGUUUUGAUUAAUACAGUUCAGUUUAUCAAUGUAUAAAUUCUGCAAAUUUGUGAGACAGAAACAAUGUGUUUUACUAUA